AGUGUCCCCCGAGUCUUCUCACUACAGUUUUCGCUAUGGCGUGUAUAGGGUCCGGUAGGCUCUGUGCUCGUGUGGAGAAAUUGUGCCAGUUUGGACAUUUCACUCAGGUUCGAAGGAAAGUUUCAACGGCAUGUGUGAGAUUUCGUCAAGACAUACCGCAGUCCGGCUCAACAUUGGUACAGCACUGCCAGAAUGGGGCAAGGUCACGCGUAAGAGGGGUUAUCCCGGGGUCAAGAGCUGUCAGUUCGAUGCAGACGCAGCAGCCAGGUUCUUUGCCCGAAUUUCAGGUCGACCCUUACCGCCUUAUUGACGAUGAUCUCAAGGACGUCUAUGAUGACAUACGGCUGGAACUUGUCCGAAACACGUCACAGGAAGAAUUGAAAACCAUAGCAACAUAUUACUUCGACGGUCAAGGAAAAGCCCUGCGACCAAUGGUGGCGAUUCUUAUGGCUAGGGCUAUAAAUUAUCACAAGGAAAGAAGCGAUCUCUUGGCAUCGCAGCGACAAGUGGCGAUGAUCGCCGAGAUGAUACACAGCGCGUCUCUGAUCCACGACGACGUGAUCGACCAGUCAGAUUUCAGGCGUGGAAAGCCCUCGGUGAACGUGUUGUGGAAUCAUAAAAAGGUCACGAUGGCCGGCGAUUUUAUUCUCGCAAUUGCAUCGAUGAUGAUCGCAAGACUUCGCAACGACGAUGUUACGCUCACCCUAAGCCAGGUCGUCACGGAUUUGGUGCAAGGAGAAUUCAUGCAGCUCGGUUCUAAGGAAACCGAAAACGAAAGAUUCGCACAUUAUCUGACUAAAACGUACAGGAAAACGGCCAGUCUUAUCGCCAAUUCCGCGAAAGCCGUCGCAAUGUUGGCCGGUGCCGACGAUCAUCUAGCGGACGUCGCUUUCCAGUACGGAAGAAACGUCGGUCUGGCUUUUCAGCUGGUCGACGAUCUUCUAGAUUUUGUAUCAUCGUCAGCAGCCAUGGGAAAACCGACCGCGGCCGAUUUGAAACUAGGACUUGCUACCGCGCCAGUUUUAUUUGCUUGCGAACGGUAUCCAGAAUUGAAUCCGAUGAUAAUGCGACGUUUUCAAGAGCCCGGAGAUGUCGAGAAGGCAUUUGAAUUUGUCCACAAAUCGCAAGGUCUUGAGCAGACACGGUUUUUAGCAAAGAAACACUGCGUCGAGGCGGCUCGUCUGGCACAAUCGUUAGCCGAAAGUCCUUAUCAAAAAGGCUUACUGGUAGUAAGCGAUUUCGUAAUAAACCGAAUGAAGUAGCCGAGGAUUUAAAUAUAUUAAUAAUAAUGAUAAUAAUAAUAAUAAUAAUAAUAAUAAUAAAUAUUUGAGAGCAAAUCGAGUACAAAGCUGCUGUCGUACUCCUCAGAGUCGCGACCUUAAAGGUGAUCCUUGGGCAAGUAAUCCGAUUUGGAUUAAUCGACCCCGAUCCUGCACCCCCCCCUCCUCCCUUUUCACCCAAAAAGGAAGGCAAUAAAAAACUGUGCAAAGCGAAAAAGUCUCUCUCCGGGUCGAUGACACAUGUACCGAGGGAAGAGAGAUCAACAGGACUAAGUAAACAUUUGUGCGCAUCUGUGAAUUUUCGAAUGUAUGUUCAUGCAUGCUACUACACGUUGUGUGAAAAUGUGUUUUAGAGUGAAUGUUGUAUUUUUUUCUGUUUUUUUUUCUUUUUUCUUGUAAUAUACCGACGAGUUCAAAACGUGCAUUGAUUUUCUCAAUAAUUUACGUCGAAUGUAACACGGAGGCUUUUAUUAUAACAGGGUUGUGCGAGAAAAUCACUUCGUACUGUUCGAUCGGGUAAAAGUCAAAGCUACAAGACAGUGUUUCAUAUCUUAGAGUUGAACCAGAUCAAAGAAAGAAUAAAAGUCACAGAGUUAUGCUUAGUGUGAUGCUGUUUUGAAACCAUUUUGAAACAGUUCGGAAAACGAACUUAAACCGUUGAGAUAUUUUUGUUUUGGCACAUAAAUGUAUCUUAUUUGGAUAUUCUUACACAUAAUUUCAUCAGUUUUCACUGGAAUUUAUGUUUGUGUUUUAUGACAGCAAAUUUUGCUCUGAUUCAACGUAUUUCACUGAUUUUUACUUUUUUCAUCGACAGUAUUACACAAGAUUAUUAAAACUGUUAUAAUGAAACUCUAAUUAAAUAAUACCACUUCUCAAGGUUCAGAUUUUAGACAAACCGAGCGUUGAAGACACGUAUCGAGAAAUUAAUAACGAAGCUCGUCGAUAGGAAUUUUCAAAGAUAUUAUGUUAAAAUAUAUGUAAUAUGUAUAAAUAUCUGUAUGUAUGUAUUAUGUAGAAUUCGUGGUAGUGCCAAGCGAUUGAAGUAUUAUUCAGUUUUGUUUUUUUCGUCAUUCUUUCGAAUAAAUUUUUUGAGUACGUAUUGUAAUCUGAUCAACAUAAAAAAUGAGAUAAAAUAUUCAAUCGAGAUAAAAAUAAAGACACAAAAAAAGUAAAACACAUACAAAUAGUUAGUAAAAUGAAUAUUAAAUCUAUAAUAUAACGAUAAAGCUACCACGAUAAAUCUGAAUCGUAUGCCCAAGUGCCUGAUUCGAUUUUUAUAAUUUCAUUUAUGAAAACAAAUGAAUCUAAUGAAUGUUGAUUAAUUAUUAAAAUAAAUGAAUAAAUAAAUAAUAAUGAUAAUUAUUACUAUUAUUAUUAUUGAAUAGAGCACCAGCGGAACUUAUAGUCCACCGCGAUUCGGGUAGUGCGAGCAUUACCUUAUUUUUUAUUAUUGAACAUAUCGUUAGCCACACACCUGUAAAUAUACUUAUAUAAUGCUUAGAGUAGCACAUUAUAGAAACAUUAUAUACAAAUGUAUAAUAAUAUAUUAAGAUCAUGCAAAGCUAUCGGAUUUUCUUUUACAAAGUUCACAUGCAUCAAGAAAUUUAUGCGGCUGCCUUCGGACUGUUACAACGCCAUGGCUAAAACGAGAUAUCAAUAUGAACCGAGUAUUUAUUCUUGAGCUUAACGGUUUGAUUUUUUUUACUUGAAUUUUAUUUCCAUGUCCUCAACGUUUUUACUUGCCUUAUGAUACGAGUUGAAAUACUCUCAAUAUUAUUAAACAAAAGCUGUCUUUCUUUUCCGUACGCCGAGGUGAAUAAUCAACCGGAACAAUUAAACUUAGUUUAGUUUAGAAGAAUAAAUACAUUCAGUAUUGUCGCCAACAGUCCAUUACAAUUUAAGCAUCGAGUAAAUUUCAACAACAAGGCCCAGCUUAAUCUUUUCAACCCAAUUUAAAGCUGUCAAGAUUCAUAUGCCGAUUUUGUUUCCUUCAUUUAUACAAAUUUGAAACACUAUUUAAGUUUAAACUUACAAGCUUGGUAAUAAUUGUACAUCGGGUAAAUGAUUUUCAGAGAGUAGAAAUUGGGCGUAUGAAAAAUGAAUGUACAUGGAAGAGAAUUGAAGAAAAAUAUAUGUUAUAUAUAAUAUAAUGUAUAUAAAUGUAAAUAUUAUAUACAUAUAUAUAUAUAUAUAUAGUAUAUAUAUAUAUAUAUAUAUGUAUAUGUAUAUAUUUUUUCGUCUGCACAAAGGAACAUAAUGUAAUGUAAUAUUCUGAAUAAAUAUCUAAUAAUGGAGUUGAUCAGAUGCUGGACACAAAAAACUGCUCAAAUCUAACUUAUAUUAAUGAUAUACGUUAAUAUUGUACGUGCGUCCAAAUACGUGUAAAUAUGUAUAAUAUACAUAUACGUAUACACAUAGGAAUAUAUAUGUAUAUUAUACAUAUUUUAUAUAUUUAAACACGUAUAUAGUUACAUGCACCAUGCGUGCUUGUGUAAAGUAAUAUAAUAUUAUAUUAUAAUUAUUAUUAUUAUUCGAAUAAUAACAAAGUAAGCAAAAUGUAAUUAUGAUCAAAUGUAGAUUAAUCAAUUGUUCUUAGCUAAAGUAUUUAGACGUGUAUAUGGAGCAGAGGUAUAACCGAAUUUUAAUAAAAUAAAAAACAAAACAAAUUUUCUUAAGCAAAUCAUGAAUGGUAACGAAUAUACCUCCAUCUACACAGAUCAGGAAACGAGUAAUCGACCGAGAGUAUUAAUUAUUCAGGGUCAAUUAUACUUCUUAAAACUUAUAUUCGACUCUACUCGGAGAAAAAACGAAGAAAUUUGACCAAGUUUUCUUGGUAUUUCUUAAAGCCGUUUGAUAUUACGCCAGUAUACGAAAUUUACAACUCGAUAGACAAAGCAGUGGUCCCCCCCACCCUCCGUGCUGUUCUGUGGAAAAUUAUUAAAAACUGGAUUUAAAUUUUAGAUUGUUACUCCGUAUAUGCGUAUAAUUAGGUGCUGAUAUUGUAAUUCUUUCAAUUUAAGUCUGAUUGGUAUAAUAAAUUGUGUCAUUGAUGAUUAACACAAAUUUGAAGCGGCAAGAUACAGAGAUAUUAUUAAACGUAUAAUUGGAUUUUAAUUUGCACGGUAGAAAAAAUCAUUCAAAAAUCAUUGUGUGAAAGUGUGCUUGAAAUGUAUGUUAAUGAUUGUAAUUUGCGAGUGGUAUCUAUUUACGUUUUUUUUUUUUUUUUGACCUUUGUAAUCUUCAUUUCACGAAGUAUAAUUUGAUAGAAUAAUGAAAAUGUAAAUACUACUCGAAUCACCUAAUAUUUUUCACAAUAUGUUGUUCGAUUUAGCUAUACUGACAAGUACAUAAGAAUUGGUUCGAUCGAAGCUGAAAAUGAACUAAAGAGUUUCUAAACUAAUUACUGACAUUGAAUUGACAUUGUAGUCGUGUAUAUAUGGGUAGUCAACAAUUAAGUGUAACCUGGCACGAAAGCUAGCAAACCCCCAUUUUUUUUGUUUUUUUUUUUGGUUUUGGGUUUUCCUUUUUUUUUUCGUAUACUGACAAUUAUUAAGAUGUGAAUAAAACAAAAUAUUAUAAUUAUUGUGUUGGGAAAUUGAAUCAACGUUGUAUAAUUAUUAACUUCUUUAUAAUAUAAACACUAAAAGAAAACAUUGGUCGUCUUUUCAUUUUCUUUUUUUCUUGUCAACUUUAUCAAUCUGAAGAAAAAAUCAAUAUCCUAUAUUGUUUCAUUGCAAUCGUCAUCCAUGUGCUCAAACUAUGAAUACUACAGUUGCACAGUUAAUGAAAUUUCACUAGUUGAGGACCUUCAAUUUUACUUUUACCAUAACUAUCACUCCCAUACUGUGAAAUAAAAUAAUCAGAAACUGUUUACCUUUUCUACAUCGCCUUUAGUUUAUAAAUGAAUAUCACUCUCAUUCAAUUACUAACGGGGCCUCUAUUAAAAUCUUCUUCGCAGCGUUUUUCAAUACGCAUGCAAUAUAAUACAAUAUAAUACGAUAUACUCAACAGUUUGGCUUCUUUUAUUUUAAACCUAACACUGAUCUUUGCAGCAAUAUUCUAAUUCCCGAUUGCAAGAAAAGAAUCGCUGUUAAAUCAAUUUCGAUUUAUUCAUUUUAAAGAUGGUAUUUAAGUUGACUAACAUUUAAAAAUACUGGAGAAAAAGCGAAAUUUCACUUGACAUUCCCAAUAGCAGUGUUUUCUCAACAUCUCUAAACCAACUUAUUGAAUGAAACUGGAUGAAAUUAUUGAUUACGUCAUUAUUUCCACGCAUCUCCUUUUCAGGAGAAUAAUUCUCUUCGUAUAUGUAACUUUGAAACAAGUGUCAAUUCGAACAUUGAAUUUGAAUGAAUUAAUUAAAAAAAUACAAUCCAGUGGAAAUAAAAUCGAAAUUAGAAAUAAAAUUUGUAUCGCAAAGCAGAAAAUUUAUGAAAAAAACAUAUUUUUCGUAAUUCAAAUCUACAUAUUUACAAUACUAUGAUAUCUUGAGACAUCGCAUAACAUUUGGGAUUGUUUUAUCCUUAAACUUAGGAUCAUGAAAUAUUUCGAUUUUAUUUUCGACCACGAGGACUAUUUCAAUUCGAGCACUUUCAAUUAGAGGAUUUUAUUACAGAGACAAUUUAGUCGUCAAUGCAUAAUGCACAAGAAUAGAAUUCUAAUCUGAAACGUGAAUUACUUUCCAGCUAAAUGAUUGAAUAACGAAUUUAAAUCAAACUUGUAAUUCAUAGGAUUCUAUUAUUCAAUGAUUCUGAAGCAGUAUUCCAACCAACCAUUAAAUCCCCCGAAGGUAAUACAUUUUGUCAUUAAAACUUAUAAAGAUCAUUGAAAGAUGUUUUAAUCUUAAUAAACGAUUUUAUUAUACAAAUAUAUUAUUUAAUUUGAACUGCAAGAAGCAUCAUUAUAACGUCAAUUCAACAUUAUCAAUUAUGAGACAGUCGGUUUUAACAUUGUGCGAAUCUGUCGUAGAUAUCGCUAAUUGCUAUAUUUUUCUUUUUUUUUUUUUGCUUUUACGAACAUUAUUCGUCAAAAUUCGAAUGACAAAGAAAAAAAUUCUUGCAUCACUUUGGAUCUGUUCAGAGCGAUACGAUAUUGUGCUAAGUUUACUUAUUUCACAGAUAUUAAGAGUAAUGUUAUUACAAAAACUUAAACUACUACAUUACAGUUACUUAUCGCUAUCAACCAUACAACUAUUAUUAUCGCAAAUUGUCAUAACAAUAUGUAUAACGCAAUAAAGUUAUGCUGUUAUUAUAUGGGUUCAAUAAAAAUAACGUAAUAUUACAGAUGAUAUUUGAAAAAUAGAGUGUAGCUCACGGUUUUCGAAUUAUAUGGGAAAAAAAUAGAUUGUCAUUUCUUCCGCCUUGAUGUUAUAAAUCUAUCUUGAAAUCCAACAGUAUGAAACCCCUAAUGUUUUCCAUACAAAAAUUACUCUAGCUGGAGAAUCGAAGAGUUUAUUUUCCUUUCACAAAAAUGUAAGGUAAAAUGAUUAAUAGUUAGAACACUGAAGUCAAAGAACAAAAAGACGAGAAAACUUGUUCAU